ACGUGCAUAAUGAUCCGUCCGUUUAAAAGACUGUCAAAUUGUUUGUGUAAAAUGGCAAAAUGUCACAGUUGCGACGAAAAAUGCGGAAAAGGAAAAGCACAUCCAGACGUGGUUGCGAAACUGGAACGAGGAUAUCGAGAACUGAUUAAAUCCGAUUCAAACUCCUUAUUAAAGCGUUAUUUAACGGCAGAAGUAUUUAACAAACUCAAAACGAAGAAAACUGCCUUUGGUAUGACACUUCUCGAUUGCAUCCAAUCUGGUUUGGUGAAUUUAGACUCUGGAAUAGGUGUUUACGCUGCUGAUCCAGAAUGUUACGACCUUUUUGCUGAUCUCUUCGACGCUAUUAUCCAAGAUUAUCACGGAUUUAGAAAAUCUGACGUGCAUCCUGCUACUGAUUUUGGAGAUAUAAGCAGUAUCGGAAACUUGGACCCGAAUCAACAACAUAUCGUGUCUACUAGAAUACGGUGUUGCAGGUCUGUAGAAGGUUAUCCUUUUAAUCCGGGUCUUACAGAAGAGUUGUACCAAAAACUCGAAGAAAGAGUAACUGCUGCUUUGAAGGAUUUACCAGGCGAGCUAGCCGGUCAGUAUAUAGCCCUUCACGAUAUGACGCCUGCACAACAACAACAACUCAUUGACGACCAUUUUCUCUUUAAAGAAGGAGAUAGAUUCUUGGAGGCAGCUAAUUCUAAUCGAUAUUGGCCAACUGGAAGAGGAAUCUAUUUCAAUAAUAAAAAAACGUUUUUGGUGUGGGUUAACGAAGAAGACCAUAUACGCAUCAUAUCUUUACAACAAGGCGGCAACUUGGGGGAGGUGUACGCCAGGUGGGUACUUGCCGUGACUACUUUGGAAAAGAAGCUCAAGUACAUCAGAAGUGAUCGAUUUGGUUAUCUGACGUUUUGUCCUACCAAUUUGGGAACUACUAUAAGAGCUUCGGUGCACAUCAAAGUGCCCAAAUUGGCCGCAGACAUGAACAAACUUAAUAGCAUUGCGAGCUCUUAUAAUCUUCAAGUGAGAGGUACGCGUGGAGAACACACUGAAGCUGAAGGAGGUGUUUACGAUAUUUCGAAUAAAAGACGAUUGGGACUUACUGAAAUAGAUGUCAUUAAAGAAAUGUAUUCAGGAAUUCAAGAAAUCAUCAGACUCGAAAAAAAUGCAAAAUAAUUAAUAAAACAGAGAAAUAUAAAUAAAAUUGUUCAAUUGUUAAUUUUCAUGUUUCGAAGAUGGUUUAUUAAUAAAAUUAGUGAUUAAAGUUUUAUUAAAUAUUUCAAA